AUCUAAGCCACUGACCUAAAAAAACACAGACACACAUAACAUAAGUAGAGAGACAAACGAAAAAUAAAACUCUCCCCAAAAUCCUAAGAGUCCGAAAAAAUCCCGAUAUAUUCAAAUCCUUGUCUUUUUUGGUCUUAGAAUUCUGAUUUUAUUGGGAUUGUUCGAUGCUUCUCCCUUUCAUAAUUGGAUCUUCUUUAGCUAAUCUUAAAUGCUUUGUUUCUCCUUGUCUGUUUCUUCCUGUUUCAUGUCUUAUAUUGAUGCACCAACAAGGCUUUCAAAGCAAUCCUUGAGUUUUUAUAAGUUCCCAAUAAAGUUGUCGACUUUAUUAGUUUAUAGUAUUCAAGAAUCAACUUCCAGUUCUGGACUACAGUUUUUCUGUACAAUAUGAGUGAAUCUAAGGUAUUUGUAUUUGGUUCAUUUACUGAAGAUGAAACAAAGUCAUUGCUGAACCUGCCGGCUGGUUGUGAUGGGAAUAAGCACGUGAAAGAAAAGGUGCUAGUUAAUUCUUCAAAAUUGGUGCCUGAUUUAUCUUUUGGGAGUUUCAGCUCUGUAUCUGAUUUCCAACCUGGUUCUUCAAAAGAGAAAGUGGUCUCAGAUUCCUCUACUACUCUCAAGGAGCAGAAAGCUGGGCAUGAGAAACCAGAGGCAGAUAACUUACUCACAGAAAUCAAGCAGAAUGGAGGUGUCCACAACAAUUACUACAUCAAUGGACAUAAAGGAUCUGCAAUGGCACACAGUAUUGACUUUAGCAAUUUAUGUGUGUCGGAAGAUGAGGGCAAAGCUAUUGCCAAGUUGUCUAGUACUACUGCACGAGAUGAUCAUACACUAUUGAGUAAAGGAAAUUCGAAUGGGACCAUUAGCAAUUCGGCAAAAAGUGCACAUUCAGAACAGGCCCCUGCAGAGGUAUCUGGUGGGCCUCUUGAUGUUGCUGGAUUGCUACCUCGUGGUUUAAUCAACUCCGGGAACUUAUGCUUCCUUAAUGCUACAUUACAAGCUCUUUUGUCCUGUUCUCCUUUUGUUGAGCUUUUGGGAAGAUUAAGGAUACACAGUAUUUCCAAGGUUGAGUAUCCAAUAUUAGCUGCAUUGGUGGGGUUUCUUUCUCAGUUUAUGGUAACUAGUUCUACAAAUUCAAUGAAAAAAGAUGCAGCCAGUAUUGAAGUCGGCACCCCCUUCAGCCCAGCAAUGUUUGAAGCAGUUCUGAAGAAAUUUACUCCUGAUGUUCAUAAAUCCAUUUCUGGCAGGCCAAGACAAGAAGAUGCACAGGAGUUCCUGAGUUUUGUAAUGGAUCAGAUGCAUGGUGAAUUAUUAAAGCUUGAAGGGCAAUCAGGUUCAAGCGGGAAAAAUUCAUCUCUUGUUUCAUCAGAAGAAGAUGAGGAGUGGGAAACUGUUGGCCCAAAGAACAAAUCUGCAGUCACAAGGACUCAGGACUUUGUCCCUUCAAAACUGAGUGCCAUUUUUGGGGGGCAGUUGAAGAGCAUUGUUAGAGCAAGAGGGAACAAACCCUCUGCCACUGUCCAACCAUUUUUUGUACUCCAUCUUGACAUUUCACAUGAGGUUGUUCAUACCAUUCAAGAUGCUCUCCGCCUAUUCUCUGCCCCUGAGACACUCGAGGGAUAUAGAACGACAGUAGGAAAGGUUGGAGCUAGAAAAUCCAUCAGCAUACAGACACUUCCUAAGAUGAUGAUUUUACACCUGAAGCGGUUUGGUUAUGGAAGCUACGGAAGUACAAAAUUGCUUAAACCGGUGCAAUUUCCUCUGGAGCUAGUGAUAAGCCGUGAUUUACUUGCUUCUUCAACUACAGAGGGUCGACGAUAUCAACUUGUUUCCACAAUCACCCACCACGGAAGGGAAGCUUCUAAGGGGCAUUACACUGCUGAUUGUCUUUACCAGAGUGGGAAGUGGUUGCGGUUUGAUGAUGCCUCUGUUUCUGCUAUCACCACUAACAAAGUGCUGCAUGAUCAAGCUUACGUUCUAUUUUAUAAACAAGUAUAGGCAACCUGCUGUCUUAAUUUAAUCAGGUAACGGAGCUCGGAUAGAAGAAGACAUUCUGAAGCCAUUGGACAAUGCUACACCUCAGGCUUCUGCAGAGGGUUGACUUAGAUAACUACUACCGUUUCCAUUUACUACAAAGGUGAUCAGGGAAAUGGAACAUCUGUCGUCAUCCAGGGAAUGUGGUAAAUGUAUGAAAUUUUUGUUGCCAGUUGUCUAUUGGAGCUGUUUCUUUUCGUCUUCCUUUUUUUUUUCUUCCCCUUUCUUUUGUCUCUCAUCAUUGUGUUCGGAAAAUUUGACUAUUCUGAAAUGAGGAUCUGUGGUCGGGAUGUUUCUUGAUAUUCGAUAAUAGAUGUAUGAGUUUGUCUCCUUACUUUA